CCUCCUCCGAUUCAAUCAGCAUCACUAUGUUUUCUCUUCUGUUUCUUUCUACCUUGGCCCAAACGGCAGCAUCUCAAACCAGCAUGGUUCUAACAACGAAAGAUUCCAGUCCAGAUGACGUUAUGUGCAAGGACAGUACUAUUCCGAUAGUCUCCAACAUUAUCACACGUGAAGACAUGGAGACAGUGUUCAUUAUAUACGAGGAUGAACAGGAUGCAUGUGUCAAUAGUCUAAUUGACAGCAUAUCUCACCACACAAAAAUACAAUACACGCAGCAAGAUGCCCUCGGUAAACAGCUAACAUCCGUCAUUAGCGAACUUGUCCUGAAAGAAAACAUCGACAUAAUGCGACGCACCCUCAACUUCGUCAUGCUUUGUUCUGCCCAGUGCAUUCAAUACGCCCUAGCUACGGGACAUGAGGUUGACGUGAAGGUCGGGAGGAAGUCUGUAUUGAGGCAUUUCUCCAAGUGGAUCGCGCUUUCAAGUGAUGACACGUCCAUCCUGGUUCAACACCAAACAUUUGAUAACAUUGUGCUACUCUCACAAAGCAAGAAUUCAACGAAAAAGGAGUUGUCAACGUUAAUGUGGGCGGCGGGAGGCCGACGUUGGGACGUCCUUGACAGUGGAAGCACAAUCAGUAUAAGCAACAUCACAUUGUUCCCUAACAUGGCAUUUGGGCUCAAUGGAAGAAAACUCCUGGUUGUUUCCUUGGAGUGGAAGCCAUACAGUGUAAAGGUCAGGGACACGGGCAAUAUCUCCUACACGGGGAUCUCCGAUGAGUUUAUGGAGCACCUGUCCGUGCGCUUCAAUUUCAGCUACCAGUAUGUGGAGCCGGCAGAUGGCCAGUGGGGAGAGAAAAUGGAUAACGGUAGUUACACUGGAAUUGUGGGGACACUCCAGAGAGAGGAGGCUGAUAUAUGCUCUGUCCCCUAUGCCUAUAACGUGGAGCGGGCCAAGGUGAUGCAGUUCACGUACUUCAUGCAUUCCGGAAGCACAACGGUUAUGUACAAGAAAUCAGAAGAUGCCAAUAAAACGUGGAAAGUGUUAAUAGCAUGUUUCAAAUGGGAGGUUUACAUCGUCGGGGGAAUUGUUCUCUCUGUCGUGGGUUUAAUGCAUAUAUUUCUUGUUCGAACAACUCCUUAUCCGUCCAAGAUUCUAGAAGCAGAGAGGAAGUCCUCUUUGAUAGCUGGCUUCACCAUGAGCAUCACGGCACCGUUAGCACAAUCUUCCACUCACUCCCCGGUGUUUGACUCUGGGAGGAUGCUGUUCAGCUUCUGGUGGUUGUUCUGCCUCGUCAUGGCGGCUGUGUACCGUGGUAACCUAAUGGCCUUCCUGACGGUCAGUAGAACGUUCGUCCCCUUCCGUAGCAUAGAAGAACUGGCUAACCAGGAUGUGUACGACGUCGGGUCAACUGCAGGCACCUACCACAGCCUGGCCAUACAGACAUCUAACCAAACUGUUAUGAAAAAGUUAUGGAAGAAAAUAGAGAAAACGCGACAGGAAAGCCCAGCAAACAGAGAUGCCGAGCAUCAGUUUCAGCUACAGAGGCUGCAUGAAGGCUACUACGCCCUCAUCGAAACAAGCACCCUUGCCGAUAACAUCAUGAGUGACACUUGUUCUCUGGCCAGGAUGAGAGAAGGUUUCCUGCCAUCUACCGGUGGUAUGACCUUCCCCGUGUAUUCCCCACUAGCACGGCUCUUCUACCUGGAACUGAUGACGGUGAUGGAGGCAGGGCUUGAGAGGAAGUGGUACAGUAAGUGGGUUCCCAGCCAGGACUCGUGUUCCGACGACUCUAUAGCCGUGGGAGUGUCAGCCCUCCGUAUCCAAGACUACUACAGUGCCCUGGCUGCCUGUGUUGUGGGCAUUGGGGCGGCUCUGCUUGUUCUGUUAGGAGAGACGUAUAUAUCUGAGUUACUACCACGUACCGAGUCGAAACGAUCAAGAGACAAAGGACCUGGUUAAUCUGCGUUUUUCUGAUUACAAUAGAAAACAACACUACGAAUGGAGUCGUAAAAAAAAAAGUAUUAU